UACCAAAGUCAACCCAUCGACCUUCACCCAUCAACAAUGGCUGCUGCUAGAAUUGCUAGAAAUGUCCUGUCUAGGUCCAACGUUUUUUCGUUGCAAAACAUCGUCAACAAACAUGCGCGUUGCUGCUCCGUCGUUGCCGGAAGCACCCAGCACGCGCUGAGCGUUAAAAGGCGGAUUGACAAGGCCAGAGAAGCGUCUUUACUCGGUGGUGGCCAGAAGCGUAUCGAAAAACAACAUCAGAAGGGCAAGCUGACGGCUAGGGAGCGUGUGAACCUGAUGCUGGAUCCUGGCAGUUUUGUGGAAUAUGACGCCUUCCUCGAGCAUGACUGCACCGACUUCAACAUGCAGAAGGAGAAGUAUCCUGGUGACAGCGUUGUAACAGGCAGAGGAACCAUUAACGGUCGCAUGUGCUUUGUCUUCAGCCAGGACUUCACGGUGUUUGGAGGCAGCUUGUCUGGGGCUCAUGCCAAGAAAAUCUGCAAGAUCAUGGACCAGGCUAUGCUGGUGGGUGCUCCAGUGAUUGGACUCAAUGACUCUGGUGGCGCUAGGAUCCAGGAGGGAGUCGAGUCACUCGCUGGAUAUGCAGACAUCUUCCAGAGAAAUGUCAAUGCAUCAGGCGUCAUCCCACAGAUCUCUCUUAUCAUGGGACCCUGUGCUGGUGGUGCUGUAUACUCCCCGGCCCUUACUGACUGGACCUUCAUGGUCAAGGACACCUCCUAUCUCUUCAUCACUGGACCUGAUGUGGUCAAGUCUGUGACCAAUGAAGAUGUGACACAGGAACAGUUGGGAGGGGCUAAGACGCACACAUCUGUGUCAGGUGUGGCCCACCGUGCAUUUGACAAUGAUGUGGAUGCCCUUCUCCAGCUGAGGGAGUUCUUUGAUUUCCUGCCGCUGUCGAAUCAGGAUCCGGCCCCGAUCAGGGACUGCUAUGACCCUUGGGACCGCAUGGUGCCAGGUCUUGAUACAGUUGUCCCCCUUGAGUCCACAGCUGCCUAUGACAUCAUUGACGUCAUUCAGGGUGUGGCUGACGACAGCCAGUUCUUCGAGAUAAUGCCGAGCUACGCCAAGAACAUCGUGACUGGCUUUGCAAGGAUGAACGGGCGAACUGUUGGCAUGGUCGGUAACCAGCCAAAAGUUGCAGCUGGUUGUCUUGACAUCAAUGCGUCGGUGAAAGGCGCAAGGUUUGUUCGAUUUUGCGACGCCUUCAACAUCCCCCUGGUUACCUUCGUUGAUGUGCCAGGCUUUCUCCCAGGAACCAACCAGGAAUAUGGUGGCAUCAUUCGUCAUGGAGCUAAGCUGUUGUUUGCAUACGCUGAGGCAACAGUCCCUAAGAUCACUGUCAUCACAAGAAAGGCGUAUGGUGGUGCUUAUGAUGUGAUGAGCUCCAAACAUCUUCGUGGAGACACCAACUAUGCCUGGCCCACAGCUGAGGUGGCUGUCAUGGGUGCCAAGGGAGCUGUGUCUAUCAUCUUCCGAGGAGGCAAGGACCAGGCUAAGAACGAGGCUGAAUACAUUGAGAAGUUUGCCAACCCUUUCCCAGCUGCUGUCAGAGGUUUUGUUGAUGAUAUCAUUGAACCCAGGACCACUCGUAAGCAGAUAUGUCAAGACCUGGACGUGUUGGCGAGCAAGAGGCUGGAGAAUCCCUGGAAGAAACACGCUAACAUGCCUCUGUAAACUGCACGAGGAGUUAAAAGUUGGUUGAUAAAAUUUAAAACGAUUGAUAUUGACAUUAGAGUAGAUCUCUUGUUAAAUAAACAUAAAUACUGUUAUCGAUUGGUUUUAUCCCAUAGCGUAGUUUAUCGUUAGUUUUUCUGUGUGUUAUUCUUAAAGCAUGCUAUACAAAAAAAUUGUAUUGUCUAUUGGUUGAUAUCAAUUUGUGGUCUAUUAGGUUGUUUGUGUUGUAUACUUUGUGAUAAUAUAUGUAAACAGACAUUUAUUAAGAAGUGCUGUUAGUUUAAACACUAAGAAGAAAAAAAUAACAUAUUUUUUGUUCUCUUGUAAAUACAUGUACCUUAUUUUUGUGAGAAUAUAUUUGCUGCAUGUACAUGAACAUAAACCCUUUCCCACUCAGAAACAAAGUGAAACUGGCUAUGUGCAAACAGCAUAAAACCAGAACAGCCUGUGAGUAACUCGCAGUCUGUUCAGGUCUUUUGCUGUUUGCUGCUAAUCAGUAUCUAAGGGUUCGAAAUGAAGCCUUUAAAACAUGAAUCUAGUAAGAAAGAUCUUAAAUUAAUUUUAACUUUCUAAGGGAUUUCAAAUGCAUCAAAAUACAUCUGAGAGGUAAAGGGUUAAGUAUAUUUUACUUGUUACUCUGAUUAACUUGCUACUUGGACUAAUUGUGCCAUGUGUAUUAUUUGAUUGUGUCUUUACGUCUGAAAGAGCCAUAUUUCAAGCAUAUUGAAAUUCCCAAGGUAUGGGAUUUUACAAUUGUUUUGAUUAUAAUGAGAUUUUUGUUUUAAAAUUUAUAUAAUUUUAAAGAUUUCAUGAUUGUAGAAAUGUUAUAAAUAUACCAGGUCAUUAACUAAAAUGUGUUACAUGACUAUAUAAAAAGAGACUUCUUGCUAAUUUAUCUUAAGGUAUGCAUAUGUUGGCACAUUUUUUAGUAUUUAUUGCUUCACCCAUAAACAUGGAUGCAAGAGACUUCAGAUUUGGAAUAACGAGAGUUACCAGUAUAUUUAAAUGGUCAGAUAUUGGCAUAGUUAAAAAACAACGAUAUAUUAAUAUAUUGAGUAGAACAUAUCAAACAUGAAACAAUUUCAUGUCUAUAAAUGUUUUGUAAGAAUGUUAUGUGGAUAAUACAAGCAGAGCUUUAUAGCAAUACAGUUUUUAUAAUUGUGUAUGCAUGAUUUAACGUAAGGACUGGUAUUUUGUGACAAGCCUUAUUGAUUAAUUGUGAAGUUACUGUUUUCGUUUUGAACAGUCAAUCUGACUUGAAUACCAUUAUUGCAUAAUCCAUACUUAAUAAAUUUACGAAAACAC